AGACGCAAUCUUUAUAUCGGGCAAGAUGGCAGCAGCUAGGCUAAGUUCGAAGAUCAAAGAAUUGCGAAUUUUAUUGUGCCAAACGUCGAAAUCGAGUGAAGGAGUCAGAAAUUUUAUCGAAAAUCAUUAUGUGAGUUUGAAAAAGGCAAACCCUCAGCUUCCGAUUAUGAUUAGAGAAUGUUCGCAAAUCGAACCCAGACUUUUCGUUCGCGUAGAAUACGGUAAAGAAAAGUGCUACCCACUAUCAAAUCUCAAAGUCGACGACGUCUUACAAAAGUUUCAGCAAGCGACGUCUAAUCCGUGAUUACUGCAUUGCUUAACUAUACAACAAUUCUCUAAUGUAAAAUGUAUGAUAAAUUAUUCUAGUUUUCAAAUAAAUAAAAAUAGCUGGUUCAUAGCUAUACUGUUGAGUUGGUAAAA